UCUUGUGUCCUGAUCCUCGAUAUCUGAUAUAUUUACUGUAAUUCUUUUGUUUAUAUGAUUGUAAUUUGAGGUGAGGGAAAACAGAAAAGGAAAAUGUCAAUAGUAUGGUAAGUCGAUACAGAAAUUCAGGUUCAAUGAGCUGUGUUUUAUAUGAGUAUUGCGACGUACUGUAAAAGGAGUAAGAGAGAUACGGUGCUAUAAAAAAAAUCCUGCAAUAUCCAAUGCGUGUACGCGCCAUCAUCGACACUGCUCGAGGAGGGCAGAAGCGCAGGGGAGGGAACCGGAUAGAGCGAGUGAGGACCGAAAAAUAUAACCAUGGAUUCGGAGCCUCGGUCGCAACACCAGGCACAGCAUCUGCAUCUGUAUUUCUACUGAUCCAUCGAAGGGACUCGCUUAUAUGCACGAUAAAAAAGGAUAUAUCCUGCGUUUGGAGAGGAUUUUGGCGGCAAGGAUCUCACGAAUGAUCCCACUGUGGGCUCCAUCUCCGUCUGCUCGCCGAAGAUUCAUCAACGAUCCCCGGCAGCGCUUACUGUCCGUCACCGCCAGCGUCGGUUCUGAUGGGACGCAAAGCAUGUAGAUUAUAUCUGCACAUUAGGCUUAAUAGGAAAAAAAAGCUCUGGUCGGUUUUAUCGUGAAAUGCAUCUUUUAUUUGCAAUGUGUGCUGUGUGCCAAGUCGGCGGAUUGUAUGCCUUUUGAAAGGAGGAGGGGAAUCGUAAAGGGAUUUUACUCAUCGCUGUUGAAUCACUUUCCGUGUUUAUAUAUAUAUAUAUAUAUAAUUAUUUUAACUAUUUAGGUAUAACACUAUCAGUCGUGGCGGAAUUACUAGAUUUAAUUAUCCGUCUUAAAAAAAAUCUCUGCACUGACCUUCACGUUAUUAGGGAAACAUCUGGGUAUUUUAACCUAUUUUAAGGCACCCUGUUAUCUCACGCGCGUUCUCGUGAGCUCAUUGGUAAAGAUAUAGGGGCAAUAAAGAGGAGAACGCCGGGAAAUAUAUAGGGGAAUUUAAGGGAAAAAUGCUGCCAUCGCAAGAAGCCUCCAAGAUCUACCAUGACAACUACAUGCGAAACUCCAGGGCCAUCGGAGUACUCUGGGCGAUAUUCACGAUCUGUUUCGCCAUCAUAAAUGUGGUGGUAUUUAUUCAGCCCUACUGGAUCGGGGACAGUGUAAAUACCCCACACGCCGGCUACUUCGGCUUGUUCCAUUACUGCGUGGGCAACGGCAAUUCCAACCGGGAGCUCACCUGCCACGGCACCUUCUCCGACUUCAGCUCGAUCCCCUCCGGCGCUUUCAAAGCGGCCGCCUUCUUCGUGCUGCUGUCCAUGGUGCUCAUCUUGGGCUGCAUCGCUUGCUUCGCCCUGUUCUUCUUCUGCAACACCGCCACCGUCUAUAAGACGUGCGCCUGGAUGCAGCUGCUGUGCGCUGUGUGCCUUGUCCUGGGAUGCAUGAUCUUCCCGGAUGGCUGGGAUGCAGAAGUGGUGAGGGAUAUGUGCGGGCAGGAGACAGGGAAGUACACCCUGGGAAACUGCUCUGUGCGCUGGGCCUACAUCCUGGCCAUCAUCGGCAUCCUGGAUGCGCUCAUUCUGUCCUUUCUGGCCUUUGUCCUCGGCAACCGGCAAAGUGACUUUCUGCAGGACGAAAUGAAAGCUGACAACAAAGAUUUUGCAGUGUCCAGGAUUGAGAUCCGAGACAGCAAGGACCAGCGAUUUGGAGUCCAGCGGUUCCACUGAGCAGAUCCCUGUCUCUGGCCCCUCUCAUCUGGUCACACCCAACAUCUUCUCCCUUCAUUCCUCCCACUCCCCCCUCCCCCCCCCCCACCCCCUUCAGGACACACACCCAACCUCAGCCUGAAGAUAUAUAUACAGCUGUUUGUAAAAUACCACUGGAAUGAAAUAUGUAUAAAAAGAGAAAAUAUUAUACAUAAAUGCAUUUAUUUGAACAAAUUUGUACAGGAAAAAAAAUCUACUGCAGCUUUAGAAAAAUCAAACCGUGGAAAAUAACAAAAAACAAAACCUUUCUGCUCUUACUUUGAAUACCGAAAAUAAUCACGAUGGCAUUGCCACGGUAUUCUAAUACUCGUUUAAGAUUCGUUUUAUUUACGGUAAUGAAUGCGUUAUGCCCAGCUCUCCAAAAAAAAAAAAAAAAAACCCAAGAACACGAAGACGGAAAGCAAGCUUAUUUUGCGCAUAAUUAUCAUUACAGACAAGGCACGGCGACCUGGUUGCCACUUCAGAAACGUGUGACCGACACACGCUGACAGCGAAGGAAAAGAUGAAGGACAGCACAGAGUAGAGGACAUGCUGAGUAACGCUUCUGGUCUGUACGGGCGGUCUGCUGAUGAAGACUGGGAGUGUGGAGUACGGACUGACAUGUACAAAGCGCAUUUGAGGAAACAGGGUCACUACUUCGCCAACCACAGGGUAACUCACUUAGUGACCUGCUCGGGUCCCUCCGCCCUUUUGCGGCGAGCCAGUGGGGUUAGAACACUCGGUCCAGGCCGGCGUCCCCUAACCAGUCGGAUCUACCGACUCCAGCUUACAAAGCAGCCGUGCAGCGCACCGGAGAGCCAGUACUGGGGUCUUGCGAGACCCCAGCUUGGCUAUAUAUUCUCACGGCUGAUUCCCGUAUUAAGAUCUUUAAAUUAACUUUCGUUUCAUCGAAGUGUUUUACGGGGAAGAUUAAAGGAGGGAAACGAGUCCUUUUCUAACAGCAUCGAUCUUCUUCUGUCGCACUCAUCCAUUUCGUUUAAUUUCGGUCCUUAUCCCGGCGAGAGCGAAGCCCUUGCAUGCUGCAUCCUACUCAGGCCGCCAGGAGAAGCGGUGCCCCGGUCCUCCUGCGAUCGGAGUUACGAGCAACCGAGUCCGUCUCAGCUGCAGCCCGGACGGGCCGCCCCACACCGUUACAACACUGUGCCGUCUGGAACUGUAGUAGUAUAGUGUGGCAUCUCCGUGACAUCUUAUUCUUGCAGGUCAUUCGUGUAGGACGUGACAAUGCACUUUUUAUUUUCAUUUUGUUUGUUUUUUUGGACACUUUUUUGAACAAGUAUUUUAAGGCAGCAUUGAUGUUACGACAGUUUUUUUCUCGGAUAUAAUGCAAUGUGAGUCAAGGGUGAGGAUGUUAUGUGAUGCGUUUACACCCGUCUUUGUCCAGCUCAUGUUACUCCAUUUCGUUCAGUACUAGAAGAAAAGUAUGGGGAGAAAUGAGAACUUUGUUUAAACGUUAAGACAAUGUAUACAUUUUUAGGAACAACAAAUUAGUUUGCCAUUUGUCAGUGUGUAGGCUAAUCACACGGUUUUCAAAAGUAGUUUUAAAAUUUAGGUGGAUCUUUUAGGGAGAACUUUAUAAUAUCAUCUCAAGGAUGACCGAUAUAACUUGAUCAAGUGAAAAUAGACACCUCGGUUAUUUUAAUUUAUUUUUUAGUUCCAGUUUUGCGAUCAGAAAAUAAAAUAAUCUCAGGAAACUGAUUGUAUUCAAACAAUGUGGGGAACCGAUUGCAUUAAAAUGUUACAGAGACUAUCUCUGCCAAA